AGAGAGAGGAAGGGAGGGAGGGAAACGACCGGAGAAGCGGAGGCUUGCUCGCUCGGUACAGCCUCAUCCACAACCGAGCAGAAUCAAGGAGAGGAGAACAGAAGGGCAUCUCACCUUCUCAUCCGCACUCACGGAUAUUUUGCAUCCCCUGUCCUCCAUCCGCCAGUCCAGCUUCUUUUUUCUUCUCCUUCUCUUCCCUCCUCUUGUCUUGAGUAUGAUGAGCUCCAGCCUGCUGGAAAACCCCGUGCAGGCGAUUCUGUACCUGCGGGAGCUCACCACCAUCGUCCAGAACCAGCAGAGUCUCAUCCAGACCCAGCGCGCCCGGAUAGAGGAGCUGGACCGGCGGGUGGACGAGCUCAUCGGCGAGAACAGACACCUGCAGGACAUCAGGGUACAACAGCAGCAUCCUUACCAUCACCACCAUCACCCCGACCCCAGCUGCCUUCAUCUUCACCACCACACUCAGGAUCCCCAGCUCAAGACUAGUGCGGGGUCUCUCCCAGACCAUGCGGUUGCACCAGCACAUGUCGAGGCGGCUCCGGGGGUCCAGCCGUCGCCUCCCCAACCAAUGGACCCGGGGGACAUGCAGCUGGUCCCGGCCGACCCGUCCAAGGUUUCCCCGGUUGAAAGUGACCCAGGAAACGGCGGAAGUUUCCACAGCUGCCGCUCUUUGGUUCCGAUGACCCCCACAAACCUUUGUCGAUCCCUGGCCCUGGCUAGGAAAUCCGAGAGCGAGACGGUGCUGCAUCAGUUUUGUUGCCCCGCCCCUGAACAUCCAGAGGCUGACACCACCGGCUCAUCCGGUGGACAGAUGCUGAGCCUGGAGGAUGGAACGUCCUCUGGUGGUGGACAGGAAAUGGAGGGGACCAAGAGAGAUGGACCCAGCGAGUACGAGAUCACCCUGGAGAAUAAGAACAAACAGAUAGAAGAGUUGGAGCAGAAGUAUGGAGGCCAUCUCAUAGCAAGGCGGGCAGCCCGUCGUAUUCAGACGGCCUUCCGUCAGUACCAGCUCAGCAAAAACUUCCAGAAGAUCCGUAACUCUCUGUCGGAGAGCAAGUUGCCUCGCCGGAUCUCCCUGCGCCACCCCAGCCCUUCAGGUCGAAACCGGAAUGCAACCCAGAGACACAGUUACAGUCUGCAUCCAGGAGGAGGACAGAUACCCUUACGCUCCAAAACCCCUCCUCCUCCCCCUUGCCGCUCCACCUCUCUGCCCCCGUCUCCUGCGUCUGCCCCAGCAGCUGGUCCCUCACCUGCCACAGGCCCAGCCCCACCUCAAACCCCUGGACAAACACUCACACAGCUGGAGGACUGCUUCUCUGAACAACUCCAUUCCUUGGCCCAGUCAAUUGAUGAGGCCCUUCGUGGUUGGACCUUGUCGGAGGGCAGAGAGGGGAAGGGUCUACUGAUGGAUCCUGGGGCCCUUCGUGCAGCUGCUGAGAGCGCUUGCCUGCCCCGCAGUGCCAGCUCGCUGCUCAUGGCCUUCAGGGAUGUCACUGUUCACAUCGACAGCAAUAGCUCCUACACCAUCUCCUCCGCCACCACCACAACUACCACCUCUCUGGGCAAUGCAGGCAGGGGAGAACCGGGCAGCAGGAAGACCUCUGUGAGUGGGAUGGCUGGGGGAGGAGAUGGCCUGUCAGGAGAGGAGCCAGAGUUUCCUGCACCUCCGCCCAGUGAGGAGCUGGAAAUGGCUGAUCCAGGAUCUAGGAGGGGUUCAGCAGUGCCAGCUCCAGGAGGAGGAGUAAUGGAGGAGGAGAGCGGAUCAGACAGACUGGGGUCCACCUCCACUUCUACCUCUACUUCCACCUCUAUCUCCACCUCAGCCCAGUCUAACCAGCAACCUGCUCAGAUUUACACCCAGUACCAGCAGUACCACUACACUCAUCCUCAGCAGAUCCCCGGGGGGCCAAGCCCCGAGGCCCUACAGGCCCUGGUCGUCUCUCUGCCCAGGGACCACUGCCAGGAUCCAGCAUCUUGCCGCUCGCCAACGCUAUCCACAGACACUCAUCGCAAACGCCUCUACCGUAUAGGACUCAAUCUCUUCAAUGUGAACCCAGAGAGAGGCAUCCACUUCCUGAUCACGCGUGGUUUCGUUCCGGACACGGCCAUCGGAGUGGCUCACUUCCUGCUGCAGAGGAAGGGCCUGAGCAGGCAGAUGAUUGGAGAGUUCUUGGGGAACAGCAAGCUGCAAUUCAACAGAGAUGUCCUUGACUGUGUUGUGGAUGAGAUGGAUUUCUCAGGCAUGGAGCUCGACGAAGCCCUGAGAAAGUUCCAGGCUCAUGUUCGUGUUCAGGGAGAAGCACAGAAAGUGGAGAGACUCAUCGAAGCCUUUAGCCAGAGGUACUGUAUGUGUAACCCUGAUGUGGUGCAGCAGUUUCACAACCCAGACACCAUCUUCAUCCUGGCCUUCGCUGUGGUCCUCCUCAACACUGACAUGUACUCGCCCAACAUCAAACCCCAGCGCAAAAUGGGCCUUGAUGACUUCAUACGCAACCUAAGAGGUGUGGAUGAUGGAGCAGACAUCCCAAGAGAGAUGGUCGCAGGCAUUUAUGAAAGGAUCCAACAAAGAGAGCUCCGCUCCAAUGAAGACCAUGUCACCUAUGUGAGCCGUGUGGAGCAGUCCAUCCUGGGCCUGAAAACUAUCCUCGCUGUGCCCCACAGACGUCUGGUGUGCUGCUGUCGCCUGUUUGAGGUGCCUGACGCCAACAAGCCUCAUAAACAGAAACUGUCCCAGCUCCAAAGAGAGGUCUUCCUCUUCAAUGACCUGCUGCUGAUCCUGAAGCUGUGUCCCAAGAAGAAAAGCUCUGCCUCAUACACCUUCUGUAAAGCUAUGGGUCUUCUGGGAAUGCAGUUUCACCUCUUCAGCAAUGAAUACUAUGCCCAUGGCAUCACCAUGCUGAGCCCGUUUACCUCAGAGAAGAAGCAGCUGGUGAGUUUCUGCUCCCCGAGCGGAGAAGAGCUCAGGAAGUUUGCAGAGGAGCUCCGAGAGGCUAUCACAGAGGUCAAUGAGAUGGAGCAGAUACACAUCCAGUGGGAACUGGAGAGGCAACAAGGCAUCCAGCCACACGGCAUACACACCAAUGGCGGGCAAGUGGACACACACACAGGACACGGCUCUCCCUCAGGCCAACAGGAUGUGUACGAUAAAACCGGCAACAACAACACAGUAGAGGUGUCAAUUCACAACAGGCUGCAGACCUAUCAACUGAGCCAGCCCAGCAUUGAGUCCACACCUCUGGCCCUGGCUGCACCACCCGCCCUACUCAGCACCGUCCAGCCCGGGGAGCUCCGCCCAGAAACACUCAUCCAAUGCCAGCAGAUCGUCAAGGUGAUCGUUGUGGACCAGAGCGGGCGAGGGCGGAUGGAGGCCUUCCUCAGCCAAGGCCCGGCUACCCAUCAGCUCAUCCAGUCGGCCAUGUCCACACCUGUGCGCGUCAGAGAGGGGGACGGCCCUCAGCCCCCUCUGCCACCUCCCCCUCCACCUUACAACCACCCCCACCAGUUCUGUCCCCCUGACUCACCCAUGCCCCUCCACCACACCAUGCCUCUCACCCGCAGGCGCAACUCCAGCGGCUCCCGCAGCAUCGUCUGAGUCAUCGGCUACUCUACGAAUCCUGGGGGCCAGACAUGACCCUCACAUUCACACACAACAACACACACAUGCUGGAGCACUAGUCGACUCCCUUUGAAUGGUAAGAAAAAGCAUUGCAAAAAAAAAGUAAGACAUAUACUGUGUCGAAUAAAGGGACAAAGGAACAGGAAACUAACAAGAAUCCAUUCAUAGGGUUGACUGAGUGGUGUCGUUUUUGAACGUGGGGUAGUUUUGAUUCCAUUUCUGAAAGACUUUCUUUUGUCUCCAACAUGUCACCUGGUAGCUGAUUGUGUCUGUCUAGAUUUCACACUGUUUAAGAGAUCUUCUGACUGCAUUUUUAAAUGUCACCUGUCCAACAAAUGUGUCUAUGAGCUAUGACUGUGAAACCGAGGGGCAAUGUCAGAAAAGCAAACUCUGGCAGCCCUGAAAGAACAAGGGAUCGCUUUAAAUAUGAAGGACAAAACUAUGUUUUGUUUUGUUUUCUUUCAGGAUGUUAAGUUCACAUCACUUUGUUUGGUCCAGGUUUUCAGUAUUAGAUACCACACUCAGUGAGGAAUAAUUUCAGCAGAGCUAAUCUAGCUUCUCCUCACUGUAAUCUUUUUCCCCGUCAUCUCUGCAUUUAAUGUGAAGAAACAAGAGUACCAGCUUAUUUGUUUCCUUCAUUUUCUAGGGAACAUAUAAUCAGAAAGUUUGAGGAAGAGGGCGAAGAAAAGGGUAAAAAGCUCUAACAUCUCUAUCCUGUCAUGUGCAGCAUAGUGUAGUCAGCAAGGAUGUUGCUUCUCACUUAACUAACCUAAAACCAUAUCCUGACGACAAUCAUAUUUUUCUGUGCUUCAUUGUUGUGCUUUGCUAAACUUGUGUGAGCAGAUAUCUUCACAGUAGUGUGUGACAGUCCUGAUUCUGUGGCAUUUUGCUCUCACAGAGCUCAGGAAAGGAUUUGCUGCACUGUAACAUGUAAUAUCUGCACCUCUGAGUUGUAUUGAGAGCAGCGUUCUUGUGUGCUGUGUGUUCAAUCUGCUCACUCAUGGGCACUAGGGAGUAGGGCUGGUAAUUCAUCCAAAACAAGGCUAAAACAGCCAGAUGAAGCCUUUCUCCUCCUGUACAUUUACUCCUAAUGGGUUACCUUGUGUGAAUAUUAUUGUUACCUUUGGAUUUAGGCAAUAUCCCUGCCCAGAAAACUCUUAGCUUUAGUUUAAAAAUUAAUAAAAAUUGCUCCUCACAGUGUAGACCAAGGUCACCUCACAAAAGCAUCACUCCCCUCUCACGUAUUAUAUUUUUCCUUGCACACUGAAAAUGUUAUAUAAGCAGAGAGUCAUUCCUUUAUUGAAUGUUAAUCAGGGGGAAAACCGAAGAUGUCCAUAGAAUAAUUAUUGAUUUCAUCCACGUGUCGUCUGUCCAGUGUCGAUGGUUCGAGCUUGAGCCAGUUUGUACAGCAGAUUACAAACCAUCCAUCUGACAGACACUGAACAGGUCUUGUAGCUUUUGCACCACAGAAUAUAUUGGAUAUAUUGUAAAUAGAUAAUAUAGAUUUAUUCUGAAAAAGUGAUUGGUUUGCCCAGUGUGUGUAUCUACGUGUAUUUGUACAGAGAAGAUCUAGUUUAAAAGAAAAAAAGGAUAUUAUAGUUAUUAUUAUUAUUAUUCACAUUUAAUAUCAGGGGGUGUUCUAAAUCCUACUGCUACGAGAGACAGGAUACAAGCAGCUUUUAUAGAACACACUCCAGUUACCAUGGUAACACACAUUGAUAUUAUUACAGAUCUACAUUCAUCAUUAAAUUAUCGUGUCAUAUUAUUGUAAGAUUAUUAAGAGAUGGCUGUGUCACCUGUUAGGGUGUGUAAAGGGCUAUGCUGUAUUGAUGAAUACUUACAGUAAAUCACAGGUCAUGCACAUACACACACAGGUAUAUAUAUAUAUAAGUUCCUACACAACCACGCACACUAAUGUACACAAACAUGCACAUAGCUGCCAAAGCAACAACAAAUUCAGCUUAGAUUCACCUUAGAAACUGCUUGAUUUCCCAAGUCAGCAACCCCACUUUGUUUACUGUAAACUCUGACUGACUUGUACUAUACAGCAUGAUAUUUUUGGGGGUUUUAUUAUUUCUUUCAUUUAUUUUUUUUCAUUUACAGUACACUGGGGGUGGAGUUUGAUUAUAUGUUUGUAUCAUUGUUGUCAGGGCAUGUUGGGUUGAUUGAUCAUUUUCUCCCCUCUCUCCACUUCCUUCCUCCUUUCUGCCUCCCCCCCUGCCUUCUCCAUGGUUGUCAUGGAGACACACCAAUCUGCAUCCUCACUGGGGAUCAUUAAUAUUUGCACCCUCACAAUAUUUCUAAAAAGGAGAUUUCUUAAAGAUCAACAUGUUUACUAAUGGAAUAUUUCUAAUUUUUUCUGUUUGAAGAGAAUGAAAGAAUAAAGUAGUUUUUAAUCUCGGUCUCGGACUGUC